AUGGCAGAGCUUCAUGUGGCUACUGUGAUGUCUCUUUGUGGACGAGUAGGCCUUGUUACAGGCGGAGGAACUGGAAUAGGAUUUAUGAUUGCGAAAGCCUUUGCUGCAAAUGGGGCGAAAGUAUACAUCACUGGGUGUAGGCUGGAUGUGCUAAAGCAAGCCGCGGCAUCAGUUACAGGUGUCCCAGGAUCUAUUAUUCCGAUCCGUAUGGAUGUUACUGAUGAAGAAAGUGUCAAAGCUGGAGCCAGGCACAUUGAAGGAAUGGACGGCAAACUUGAUAUCCUUGUUAACAAUGCAGGAUUUGCAGGAUCUCUUCGCGACCCAGGCUUCAUCGCGAAGAAGCUCGCAGCGGCAGAUCCAUUUGAACCUGAAACCAUCCAAAACUGGGCAGAUAUAUUUGCACUCAAUACGAUUGCCCCGCUCUUCGUCGUACGCACUUUCCAAGCCCUCCUCGUCAAAGGAGCUCGGUCCCGCCCCCAAGGCACGUCCAGUGUCGUCAACAUCAGCAGCGUGACAGCCAAGAUGGACUCAAUGAGCCCCCUAUCGUCUCUUGGUUCAGGUCGCAUACAACGUAACGAAAGCUUGAAUAAGCUCACACUUGUUCUGGCAACGAGUUUUGCUGGGAGGGAUAUUCCGAUCCAUGUGAACGUGCUGGCUCCAGGCACGUUUGCGUCACAACUGAUCAGUCCUGAGGUCUUGGGAGCGAUCAAGACUGAGCCAAUGCCUGGGUUAGUCGCGCCGAUUCCUGCGAAGAGACAGGGAAAUGAGGCGGAGAUGGGGGUGUCGACAGUCUAUUUGGCUGUGUCUGACUAUACGAACGGAGGGAUUUUGAGCAUUGAUGGUGGAUUAUCGCUGGUAAAUCCUUAA